CGCGACUUCGUAUCAACUGCAAAAGUGUCUGGGUCUGGAAGAAUGCAUGUUUAUCAUGCUUGUCUGGCAUGACUCUUACAUCUGUCAUGCACGUCACUCGAGAGCUCCAUUUUUCUGUCAUGCAGAAACACAGUUUGUCAUGCAGAAUAGGCAACACCUAGAAGGAGCCCAGAAACUUGUCAAGCUGAGCUAGCACUUGUGGCCUCAUCAUGACACGCCACCCAGCAUCACAAGUUUCCAGACCCAGACAUAUUUGCAUUUGAUACUGCGGGCAGAUGUUCGCGUUUUACCAGACGGAGUCGGCGAUGGAUAUGGCCUUCUCAAACGUUACUUUCUCAACUGUUACAUGCAUUUGCCAUGCGAAAUGACCAUCAAUAUCUGCAUUAUCAAGCUGCUUCGCUUGACGACUCGUCGACGUGCUAGAUAGCCUUAGAAUCUUCUGCGCCAAAGAACCUGUAAUGCAAAAGGCGAAACCUGCCCCCUUUCACUUUUGUCAUUCUUGCAUUGCAAAUUCAUGCAACAGCUGGUGAGUGUAAAGUUUGAGAGCUCCAUACUGGAAAAGCGCG